AUGGUGCCAGAGCAUAGUUUCUUGAACGAAUUGAGUUCAUGUUUAGUUUAUAUAGUGCCUGAGGGCUUUUACGACAGAGUUGAGGAAGGAAGUAUCAAGCUCAAGAAAGCAAAGAGCUUUGGAUUCUCUAAAGAAGGCAUCGUGCUCGAGGGUCAGGCUGAACCAAUAAAAUCCGACUUAGUCAUACUCGCUACAGGCUUCAAUAAAAUCCGACUUAGUCAUAUCGCUACAGGCUUCAAGGGAAUUGAUAAGCUCAAACACAUUUUUGAAUCACCAAAAUUCCAGGGCUUCAUUGCAGGGAGCGAUGAUUAUGCAGUUCCUCUCUAUAGGGAAUGCGUUCAUCCCCGAAUACCACAACUGGCAAUAAUUGGAUUCUCAGAAAGCGUAUCAGAUCUAUACACCUCGGAAAUAGGAUGCCGAUGGCUGGCAGAACUUCUUGAUGGAAAAUUUAAGCUACCUAACAUCAAGGUAAUGGAGAAAGACAUAGCAGAAUAG